AUGCCAAACUCGGCGGAUACCAAUGAAGCUGAAAGUAGCAGUACCCCCAACCCAGGACCAAGCACCGAACCCACCAUCUUCAGCAUACACGAGUCCGCACAGCACCGACCAGAUAAUAUACGUCGGGAAGAUACUGCACGACGCACAGAAAUCUAUACCGAUAACCCGGGCCAUAUGAGUCGUCUUACAGACGCAGAACGCCAGAGACUAGAAGCACUCGCGGCAGAGUCGAGAGGCGGAGCGAUAUUCGUUACGUAUGAUUUAGUCCACAGAAUAGAUACGCUCGUGGCGGAUGGGACCCGUCGCACGGAUGAGGCUUUGAUGCAGUACUUGUUUCAAGAUGAUAUCUGGGAGACUGUUGAUACUGGUGAUAUGAAUGAUACCCAGACACGGGGGGAUGGUAGGAAUGGGAACGGCAAUGGAAGCCAAGGUGGCGAGAGAGAAUUGAAACUGUCGAAUGGAACGGGGGAGAGCCAUGAAGAUGAAUUGAAGCGACAGUGA